AUGACUAAAUGUCAAACCGCACUCUGUCGCAACAUGACAUACAAACGGCUGUUAUGUAUGCACGAACAUAUUAACAACCUUGGUUCUAACAACUUCGAAGAGAUCUCCGAGAUGGUUGACUCUUUCUUUAGAGACGGAUUCUUACGGAAAAGGGUUGAAACAAAGAGUCAAAGCCCUGCAGAAAGCGCUAUGCAAUUCUGUGAUAUGCAAAACGACAAGAAUUACACAGAAAAUGACUGGGAAGAGUUGCUCGAAGAGAAAGACGACUUUACAGAUAAACAGCAAGCUAAUUAUGAACCACAACCAAAUGUAAUAGAAGUCGAGACGGACACAAGUCCUAUGGAUGGUAAUAAUGAAAGUAGUAAAGAAGUCGAGCUGAAGCUUCCUAAGAUAGUCCGCUUUGAUGAACACGUCCAAAAAGUCGUCGAUUCAUUUCAAUGCAAAAUAUAUAACACAAAUGACCUUGCAGAGGCUUUACUUAGAGAGAAUAUGUGA